GUUCUGUUUGGUGCCUAAUUAAAAGGACCGUGGUGUGACAUAAGUGAUGAUGGCUAAAUGUCUUUGUGUUUACAUGCAGCUCCUGGUGGUGGUGUCAGAGCUGGAGCGACAGGGCCUGGUCAUUCUGGUCCUGUGGAGGAAGCACAUGCAACGGCCCUCACGCCGCUGGGACAGACAUGACAUGAGCCUGGUCCAGCAGAAGGCCCACUGCUUCUUCACUGACAUUUCUGAGGAUGACCCUUUCCUGCUGUAUGCCACACUGCACUCUGGGAACCACUGUAACUUUGAGCUGGGACCUGAUGCGGGACCAUAAGGCCUGCCUGCCCGAUGGUGCUGCUCGACGCCUCUUCUUCAAGUGGCAGAGAGGGCACUAGCUGGUGCUGAGCAGUUACACUCUGGGAAAGAGUGUAUGAUUCCAGGUGGAAGUAAAAGGGAGAUGGAGCUUGCUUAUUUAUUACAAAUCAAUGCAUAAAUGCAUGUUGUCUAUAUGGGGACCUAAAAUGAACGUUGUGCGCCGCCCUAUCGCACAGGGAUACAGCCAGGAUUUGAACCAGGGUGUCUGUAGUUAUGUCUCUAGCACUGAGAUGCAGUUCCUUAGACUGCUGUGCCACUCGGAGCCCCAAAGAAGUAAAUGCAUGGCAUGUGUGUGUUUGAGGUUAUUAUUAUUCUUGUGGUGUUCUGUUACUUUUUUUUCCAGAGGAUAUCAAGUUAUGACACCAUUGUCCAGACAAAUGGAGGCUCCUGUCACAUCCACUAUGAUGAGAAUGGGGCAGAGAGAUAUACUUAUUUAGUUCCCCAGAAGUGUCUUUGUCUCACCAGGGCAAAAUAAGGCACCUGCUUCUGUUUGAUCUUCACAAACUGUAAAAUACAGUGUUCCUUAAUGAAACGUGAAAAAAAUAAUAAAAGAGAGACUCAA